ACAUUGUGAGCUGUUGCCUGGGCUUGGAAAAAGUAUUUAAACGCUGCAAGAGGACGAAGGGAAUCAUUACGGCAUUUGAUUUCAUACCAAAACGAGUGCGUCGCAGAACGAAAAAGAAACGAAAUUGAAGAAUAGUUUUCUUAAUUUAAUUUAUUCGAAAUCGGUAUAAAUGCUAAAACGUGUGUAUAAAGUAAACAAUCGAUUGAGGCUAAAUAGGAUAGAAAAUACGUUUGAACUCAAUUUUAAUAACACAAAAGAACCCGCGUCAAAUAAAAAUGGCAAGUAUGUGCAUGACACAAACGAGCUAUCGACAGCUACAACCAGAACACCAGUACCAAUUGUUAAACAACAAUUUUUUGCUGUUACAAAAGGCUCAGCAACUACAAACAAUUCAUUCAAAUGCCUACCAGUCCAAGAAGCAACAAACCAUCGCACCAGCAACCAAAAUAUUGGGUAACAGUAAUCUGCAUAAUAUCCAAGUGGGUCCAGCAGGUGGAGGUGGUGGUGGUACAUUGGUGCCGCGCAAGAAGUACAACUACAUGAACGUGCCAUACGGUGAGCAAUUGCCUUCGGUGGCACGACGCAAUGCGCGCGAACGUAAUCGCGUCAAGCAGGUGAACAACGGCUUUGCCAACUUGCGCCGGCAUUUGCCACAAACAGUCAUCAAUACCUUAUCGCAUGGAGGACGUGGUGCCAGCAAGAAACUCUCCAAAGUGGAUACGCUUCGCAUUGCGGUGGAGUACAUACGCGGUCUGCAGGAUAUGCUGGAGGCAUCGCAGCCAGCGGAAAGUAAAUCGCACAUCGCAAAUACGUUGUGCGAUGAGUCCAGCAAUGAUGGCAGCAAUUACGGUUACUCCUCGAUGGGCAGUCCCAGCGACUUAGCCUUCAAUCAACUGCAGCAGAGCUACAACUCCGAGGUUUCCGCGUCGCCUUUGUCCAGCAAUAGCGACGAUUCUGAUAUUUCUAUUGGUGGUACCAACUAUUUGCAAACAGUGAAGCUUGAGCAUCAACAAUCAGCAAAGGAGGAUAGUCAAGUGAUGCAGUUUGAUAACAUCGCGCAUUUUUUAACUGAAGAUCAGUCCUUUGGUGAUGACGAUUCGCUGCUGGAAUGUAUCUCUUCGUGGCAGGAGCAUUGAGUAUAAACUGAAACUAUCUGUGACUUAAGACAUCACAGCUCAUCAUAGUCUACAUUCGUGUGUGUGUGUGUGUGUGU